AUGGAGACGAGGGUCGCAGGAGUGCCCGAAGACGAAGAGUCCGGCCUCCUCCCCCGCCCAUCCGCCGCCGGCCGCCGGCCGUCCUCCCGCGGCCCCCGCUUACCGCAUCCACCGGCGACCUGGGCGACGGUGGACGGCCCCCUCGGGCUGCCGCUGGAGGACGCGGAGGGCCACGCUCGCCGCUUCUUCCUCUGGGGUUUCGCGUGCCUCCCCUUCCUCUGGGCCAUCAACUGCUGCUACUUCUGGCCCGUCCUCCGCUCGUCGGCAGCGUCCUCGCCCUCCGCCUUCGCUCCCAUCCGCCCCUAUGUUGUGCGAUCGGCAAUUGGCUUCACCAUCUUCUCUGUUGUUCUGAUCACCUGGGCCACGACGUUUAUUGUUGGAGGCGAGCAAUUAUUUGGACCAGUGUGGAAUGAUCUAGUGAUGUACAAUGUCGCCGACAAGCUUGGCAUCACUGGAUUCAUGGGAUGA